AGAAAACAUGCAGAGCUGCACAGAUCACUUUUACUUAAACAGCGGACCUUCGUAAAGGUGCUUGCCAUUGUUUUUCGUAUAGGAGUGGUUGCAUUAGCAUGCGAGGUCUCGCCAGCAUAUGGACCAGGAGCAUCGCUUGUCAGCAAUAUCGAGUAUUAACACCGCUUGCUGCAUCAGAGACCGCUCGCGCCUUGUGCCGGACACCACAAUCACGACCCUCUCGUCAUCACGGCCUUCGGCUUGGGGCUAUGUCGACUAGUUCUCAGCAGCCCGCGACAUCCAGCGGCCCUGAUGCCUCAUCCGGUGGCAUUCGGCUGACGCAGCUGUCUCACGGCGGGGGCUGCGGCUGCAAAAUCGCGCCCGCGAAGCUGCAAGAAAUCCUGCGCGGCGUGCAGCUGGACUUCGGCUCCCCCGACCUGCUGGUGGGCGCCUCCACCAGCGACGACGCCGCCGUGUACCGCCUCACCCCCGACCUGGCGCUCAUCCUCACCACCGACUUCUUCAUGCCCAUCGUGGACGACCCACGGGACUUUGGGCGCGUGGCGGCAGCCAACGCUAUCAGCGACGUGUAUGCCAUGGGCGGCCGGCCGGUGCUGGCGCUGAGCGUGUUGGGCGCCCCCGUGUCGGUGCUGCCGGCGGAGGUGAUCGGAGCGGUGCUGGAGGGGGGCGCGGAGACGUGCAGGCGGGCGGGCAUCCCGCUGGCGGGCGGCCACUCCAUCGACACCCCCGAGCCGCUGUUCGGGCUGGUGGUGGCGGGGGUGGCGCCCCCGCACCACAUCCGCCGCAACAGCACCGCGCGCGCGGGGGACGUGCUGCUGCUGAGCAAGCCGCUGGGGGUGGGCGCCUGCACCACGGCGCUGAAGAAGGGGCGGCUGGACAGGCAGGGGUACGAGGAGGUGCUGGCCACCAUGACGCGACUCAACACGCUGGGUCUGCGAGUGGCGACCGACCCACGGGUCCACGCCAUGACGGAUGUGACGGGUUUCGGUCUGCUGGGUCACCUGCUGGAGGUGUGUCGGGGCAGCGGGCUGGCGGGGCGGCUGGCGGGCGGGGCGGUGCCGCUGCUGGGGCCGGCGGCCGAGCUGGCGCGGGCUGGGGUGCUGCCGGGCGCCGUGAAGCGCAACUGGGAGAGCUACGGGGGCAGCGUUAGGCUGCAGCCGGGGGUGCAGCCCUGGCUCCGGGACCUGCUGUGCGACCCGCAGACCAGCGGCGGGCUGCUGCUGGCGGCGGAGGAGAGCGCGGUGGCGGACCUGCAGCGGCUGGCGGAGGAGGAGGCGCGGG